AUGUAUAAUAACCUAGAAACAUUCAUCUCGUUCACUGAAAGAGAAGGAUUUGAUAAAGAGCAAACACUUGAAAGCACAUUAUAUCCAUAUCAACUUUUUAUUGAAGGAUAUUCAUUACUUGAAUUAUGUUGUUACCAUGGAGCAGUUGAUUGUUUCAAGUUUUUAAGAACGAAAUUCAAUUCAGAAAUAACUCAAAAAUGUCUAAAUUUAUCAUUUUUAGGAGGAAAUCAAGAGAUCAUGAGUGAAUGUUUGAAAUAUCAGGAACCAAAUAAAGAAUCCAUGGAAUAUGCGAUUGUUUCACACAACAUUGAUUUUGUUACAUUCUUGAUGAAUGAGUACAAUUUAGAGAUCAAAUUAUCUUAUUGUGGUAUAAUAAUCUUGAAUCAUUUUUAG